GAAUGGUUUCCCUUUUUGCAUUGAGGUAGAUGUGCGAACGGGACAGAACGAAAAACAGAUCGUUGGCUUCUCCGAGGUUAACAGAAUGGAGGAUAGAGUAAUAAAAGUGUAACGUUAGAUGCCACCCACCAUUAAAUAAUAUUAAAAAAGAAAAGUUGUAAAAGCUUUGUUUGGAUAGUGGCAGUAAACGUAACACAUCACGUGACUAAACCCAGGAAGUAGUUUCACUGUCAACAAAGGGGAGAUGGCUUCUUCCGACUGGCACCUGUCUUUAAAGCUGGCGGAUCAGCCCAAAUCCAUCUUCCACUUCCCAGAGAUGAUGCCAGGGGAUGUUCCACCCGGAGGGUACAGAGUCGCUACCUUAAAACAACUUGUGGCAGCUCAGCUCCCAGACUCCAUCCCAGAUCCUGAAUUAAUAGAGCUGGUCCACUGUGGGCGGAAACUUAAGGAUGAUCUGACACUGGAUGCCUAUGGGAUUCAGCCAGGAUCCACCUUACACAUCCUCAAAAAGACUUGGCCAGAGCCAGAGAGCAGUCCAGAGCCUGUGAACAGAGCAACUGCUGCCCGGGAGUUCAGGGUGUUUCAUGCUGCUCUUCAUUCUCUCAACUCUGCCUACAGAGACUCAGUAUAUAAAAUGCUAACAAAUAGAGAGUCGCUGGAUCAGAUCAUUGUGGCUACACCAGGGCUUAGGUCCGACCCUGUGGCUCUAGGGGUGCUCCAAGACAAAGAUCUGUUUGUGCAGUUCACAGACUCUAACAUGCUGGAUGUAUUAAUCAGUUCACACCCAGCCCUUGUCAACGCCAUCAUCCUGGUCCUGCACUCUGUGGCAGGCAGCAUGCCCGCUCAGUCCAGUGCCAGCUCUUCUCGCAACGUCUCGGCCAGUUCCUACAGUGAUAUGCCAGGAGGCUUCAUGUUCGAGGGCAUGUCUGACGACGAGGAAGAUUUCCAGACUGGGAGCCCAGCAGGGCCGUCCAACAGGGGAGGGGCCCCAGGAGGAAUACGACCGGUGUCUCUGAGCCACAGCGGCGCGACGGGCCCUCGACCAAUAACACAGAGCGAGUUGGCAACAGCUUUGGCGCUCGCCAGCACUCCUGACAGCAGUGCAGUCACUCCCACAACAGCGAGCCAAGUGGACCCCUCCAGUGUAGCCCCCAUGCCAGCAGGUACCCCAGUCAGUAACGAUCUCUUCAGCCAGGCUCUGCAGCAAGCGCUACAAGCCACCAACAUGUCGGCUCUACAGGGCCGCUGGCAGUCCCAGAUGCAACAGCUCAGAGACAUGGGGAUCCAAGAUGAGGAGCUGAUGCUGAGGGCACUGCAGGCCACAGAUGGUGACAUCCAAGCUGCCCUCGAGCUCAUAUUUGCUGGAGGCCUAGGACACUGAGCCCAUUCUCCACAGAUACAGGUGUUUACAGAGGCGGGAGCAGCAGAAAGGUUGUCAUCCUACUGCCCAGGAAUGAUACAUUAAGGCUUCAGACAGAUAAUAUGUAGAAAUUAUUAUUAUUACAUUAUUCACCACUUAAAUGUACAUUCAGUGCUGCUUCGGCUGAUCUCCACAAAGGCCAUGACAGCUUUUCUUAUUGCUCUUGUAAUAAAUUUAUCCUGCUGACUUCACCAACACCUGAAAUGACCUCCUGUUUUUAAUCAGUGACAUCUAUUGACUGCUUUUGAACUAUUGGUGUGCAAUUAUAAGUUGUUUUUUUUUUGCUUUGUAAUUGUACAAUCAUAAGUAGAUAUCUAUUUAUAGACUUGCAGCAUUAAAGUAUCUUCUCCUUAGAGCUUUGACAGUAGUACUGUUUACAUUGUCACUGGUAACUGUCCUAUUUGUACACUAGAUGGCAGUGAAGUACUUUAUUUCCAUCCUGUAGUUUCAGAUUAUCCCAGCGAAUUGUACAUGCUGCUUGUUUAUCUGCUUUUUCUCCCCUUGAUAAAUUUAAAAUCGUGUUCUUGAUCUGCCCUCUGUUGAACAUUGUUUGAUAAGCGGUAGCC